UGUCAUUGUUUUGCGAUUGCACCAGCUGGCUAGCCCGCAAAAAAAAAACUUACAAAGAUGAGGACCAAGUCUGGAACUGGAAUCUCCGAGUUGAGCGACGAGGCGGCCGAAAUGGAGGCGGAGUUUGCCCGUCGUCAAGGGACAGAAUUGAUCGAGCACCAUCUUUCGCAUCACAUGUCUCAGAAUCCAGAAUCAUCCUAUGUGACAUGGAUUGCCACUUUGCAUCCCGAGAACGCUCAAGUCGCCAUUGAUCACAGAUUCUUUGUGCCUGGGAAUCCUUGGUGGACAGUCUACGAGGAGGCCAAGAACGACAUUCCGAUUGCAACCGCCGUGGCAGCGGAAGCGAAUGAAACCGCGGACCUCGAAGAACAAGCCCCUCCUCCUCCAUCAAGUCGACCUGAUGCCACCCCCACUGGAGGAGAGGUCAAGCGCAAAUCCUGUUCAGAAAUCAGCCCCAUGGCUGCAACUGUGGGCUUCUCGAUGUUCCUCAUGGCGAGCAUGAGUGUGCUGUUCCUGGAGGCAUGUGCCAUCUGCGUGUAUUUCUUUUCUCUGAGUUUCUUCCGGUUAGCCAACCUGAUGGAUCCACCCAACCUUUGGACAGGGCUUCUCUACAGUACCUGUGUUUUCUUCUACUGGUCUUGUGCUCUGAUGGACUCCUCCCUGCUCUUAUCCUCUGUGCUGACCACUGAGUUCGUUGCGGCCAGCUCGUACAUGUUCUGUGCUAUCUUGGGUGGUUGUGAUAUGGCCGCUGGUUGGCAUCAGUACACUCGAAGGACUUGCCACCUGAUUCGCUGGGCGUUCCGGUCCAAGUUUGAGUACCCUCCCAGACGCUUCUGUGGCUUGAUGCCAGUCAAGGAGGCUGAUGACGAAAAGCCGCCGCGAGCUUCGAUUCAGCCGGCGCCAUCCUUUAGUAGCACUACAAACCCUACCCCUUCGGCACCUGACGAUGUAUUUGUUGUGGACGAGAAGGAUAUCGUAGUGGACAAACAAUUCGUGGCCGAUGAGUGUUAGAAAUAUCAAUAUAGUCAAAAUGAGCUAAUAACAAUCAUAGUAGAAGCGCUGUGCAAUCCUUCAAAAGCACAUGAUUC